GCUUUUUCACGUGCUUGUAGGAGUCUUCCUUCUUUGUUGUCUCACCCUAAUCCAUCACUGUUUUCAGCCUUCUCUAUCAAAUAAAUUCUUUCUUGAUUGGUUUCCCAAGUUUCAAACUUUCCAUUUUUACAAAACCAAUAUCUUUACUUUCUUAUUUGCUUUUGAAUAAAAGAAUUAUUUGGUGGAAUUUCUCUAUAUACUUGCCAAAGUGAAGCCUAAUUGGUCAUCAACUGUCACUGGAUUUGUCAAAGUUCUAAACUUUACUAGUUUUACUCAACCAAGAUUGCAACUUUUUAAGGUUUUUCAGCUAAAGAAUUAAAAGGGUCACUCCUAACUGCAAAAGGAAAGAGUAAUUUAGUAGCUUGAUCAUCAUUGCUAGUAGCAAGAAGAAGAUACAAGCCAGGAAAAAAGGGUUUUGGCUGUGAGGUAAAAAGAAGGAAGUGGUAGGAUGAAUGCUAAUUAAGCACACAAAGAUCCUAUUGUGUCAUUCAUCUAGGAUGAAUGUGGUUUGGAUUAUUGUCUCUUGUAUAGUAUGCUUUGGAGUGUGUUCAGACGGGUUGAGUGGGAAUGGCACUUCAAGGCCUGCUGUUGUGAAUGUUGGAGCUAUUUUUACAUUUGACUCUACAAUUGGAAGAGCUGCCAAGAUUGCAAUUCAGGAGGCUGUGAAAGAUGUUAAUUCCAACUCUAGCGUCCUCCAAGGAACCAAACUUGUUGUGCAGUUGCAAAAUUCCAAUUGCAGUGGGUUUCUUGGCAUGGUCGGAGCCUUGAAAUUUAUGGAGACUGAUGUUGUUGCAGUAAUAGGCCCACAAUCUUCUGUAGUUGCCCAUACCAUAUCCCAUGUUGCCAAUGAACUCCAAGUUCCUUUCUUAUCAUUUGCUGCUACUGAUCCCACACUCUCCUGUCUUCAGUUUCCUUAUUUUCUUAGGACAACUCAAAGUGAUCUAUACCAGAUGACUGCAAUAGCUGAGAUCAUUGAAUUUUAUGCUUGGAAGGAGGUGAUAGCGAUUUUUAUUGAUGACGACUAUGGGAGAAAUGGUGUCUCUGCAUUAGAUGAGGCACUUGCAACAAGGCGCUGUCGCAUCUCAUAUAAAGCAGGGAUUUCCCCUGGAGCUACUGUUACGCGGGGUGAUGUUAUGGAUGUUAUGGUAAAGGUUGCCCUGAUGGAAUCUAGAGUCAUUGUUCUACAUGCAUAUCGUACCUUAGGAUUGAUGGUACUUUCAGUGGCUCAUUAUCUUGGAAUGAUGGGUGAUGGUUAUGUAUGGAUAUCCACAGAUUGGCUCACCACUGUGUUAGAUUCCUCUCCUCCUCUGCUACAAGAUACUAUGGAUACCAUGCAAGGAGUUCUAGUUUUGCGACAACACACUCCAGACUCUGAAAAUAAAAGAGCAUUUUCAUCCAGAUGGAACAAGUUGACAGGUGGUUUGUUAGGGCUAAAUUCCUAUGCUCUUCAUGCAUAUGACACGGUUUGGCUAGCUGCACAUGCCAUAGAUUCAUUCUUUAAUCAGGGAGGGACCAUUUCGUUUUCUAAUGAUACUAAGUUGCAAUCAGUUGAAGGAAGUAAUCUACACCUUGAAGCAAUGAGUAUUUUUGAUGGUGGGCCACUUCUGCUGAAGAACUUAUUGGAGAGUGAUUUUGUUGGUUUGACGGGGCCAUUCAAGUUUAGUCCAGACAAAUCUCUUAUUCGUCCAGCAUAUGAUAUCAUAAAUGUAAUUGGAACAGGUUUUCGACGUGUUGGUUACUGGUCUAACUAUUCUGGUUUGUCUAUUUUGCCUCCCGAGACCUUUUACUCAAGGCCACCUAAUCGUUCAAGUACAAACCAAAAACUUUAUAGUGUUGUGUGGCCUGGAAACAAUGUUCAAAAACCUCGUGGAUGGGUUUUUCCAAACAAUGGUAAGCAACUGAAAAUAGGGGUUCCCAUCCGAGUUAGUUACCGGGAAUUUGUGUCUCAAAGUCCAGGCACUAACAAUUUUAAAGGUUUUUGCAUUGAUGUAUUCACUGCUGCUGUAAACUUAUUGCCAUAUGCUGUUCCACAUAAAUUUGUCCCCUAUGGAAACGGGCAUGAAAAUCCCAGCUACACCGAUAUGGUGAGGCUAAUCACAACCGGGAAAUUUGAUGGUGUUGUUGGUGAUGUUGCAAUAGUUACGAAUCGGACUAGAGUUGUCGAUUUCACACAGCCAUAUGCCGCAUCUGGACUUGUUGUUGUGGCCCCAUUCCAAAAGUUAAAUUCCGGUGGCUGGGCCUUCCUAAGACCCUUUUCUGCUCAAAUGUGGGGAGUUAUUACUAUUUUCUUUCUCUUUGUUGGGAUGGUAGUGUGGAUUUUGGAGCACCGAACCAAUGAUGAAUUUCGUGGGCCUCCCAAACAGCAGUUGAUAACCAUUCUAUGGUUCAGCCUUUCAACUCUCUUUUUUGCCCACAGAGAGAAUACUGUAAGUACGCUUGGUCGCAUGGUGCUGAUCAUAUGGCUCUUUGUCGUUUUGAUAAUAAAUUCAAGUUACACAGCAAGUUUGACCUCCAUCCUCACUGUGCAACAAUUAUAUUCUCCUAUUAAAGGUAUCGAAAGCUUGAAAGAAACUGAUGAACCAAUCGGGUACCAAGUUGGUUCUUUUGCAGAAAGGUAUUUGGAGGAAAUUGGUAUACCAAAAUCCAGACUUGUUCCCCUUGGAUCACCGGAAGAAUAUGCUACAGCACUUCAACGUGGUCCUGCAAAGGGGGGUGUAUCUGCAGUGGUGGAUGAAAGACCAUAUGUUGAACUUUUCCUGUCAAACCAGUGCAAAUUCAGGAUUGUAGGUCAAGAGUUCACCAAAAGUGGGUGGGGUUUUGCAUUUCCUCGGGACUCUCCCUUGGCUGUCGAUUUGUCAACUGCAAUUUUAACGCUAUCAGAGAAUGGAGACCUCCAGAGGAUACAUGACAAGUGGUUAGCAAGAAGUGCGUGCAGUUUAGACAAUGCUGAGCUUGAAUCAGAUCGCCUUCACUUGAGAAGCUUUUCAGGCCUCUUUCUUAUAUGUGGGAUUGCAUGCUUUAUUGCUCUCCUAAUAUAUUUCAUCCAGAUUCUGCGUAAAUUUUGCCAGACUUCCAAUGCUGCAGUUGAUAUGGAUGGUCAGAGUACUACUUCACGUUCCAAACGUCUUCAAACUUUGUUGUCAAUUAUUGAUGAGAAAUCAGAUAAAUCAAAUAGAGGCAGCAAGCGAAGGAAAAUCGACAGAUCAGUUUCUGCUGACAACAUAGAAAAUGACUUGGGAAGGGAUUCCAGGUGGAGAGAAUCACAGGUUCCUUCUCAAAAUGAAAUUCAUUAGUUCAAUUAUGCCAGCUUACAUUUCUUACAGGGUUCUUACCAAGUUUCAAUUUUGACAACAUAGAAUUGUUUGACACAUCAUAUAUAAGAUUCAGCUGUCAACUGUAUAUUAGAACAAUCUUUACAUAAUCAAUAUCAUUUCUGGUUUCUGGGAA